CCAUCCUCAGAUUUCAUUUCCCAUCGUUACAUAGAUACAAACAGAGGGACCUAGGGUUUAGCUGCUCCGAACCGCCAACACCGCCGCCGUGUCCGACGAGCUGCCAUCAAUGACUGAAGCAAUGGACGCCAACGUGGAUGUCGUGGACCUUGCGAGCGAGCGAAGCAAGGAGAAUACCAACAAGUCUGCGGAGGAUGCCGACUCUUCUCCGCCGCCACCGCCUCCUCCCAGGAGAGGCCGCGACCGGGACUCUCGCGAACGCAGGGAUGAACGGGAUUCUGAUAGGCGGGGUGGUCGGGGGGACUACUAUGAUCGCAACCGGUCACCACCGCCCCCACCUCCUCGAGAGCGCGAGUACAAGCGCGGCCGCCCUAGCCCAAGCCCUCCUCCCCCUCUCUACCGUGACCGUCGAGGUGGCCAUUCUCCUACCCGGCGCUCCUCUCCAAAUCCGCCCUACAAGCGUUCUCGUAGGGAUGACUAUGAUGGACGACCCAGAGGUGGUUAUGGUCCUGGUGAUAGGAGGUUUGGUGGCUAUGACUAUCCAGGUGGGUAUGACCGUGAAAUGGGAGGCAGGGCUGGAUAUCCUGAUGAGAGGCCCCCUGGUCGAUUUGCCGGUCGUUCAUCUGGUGGAUACCAAGACUGGGAUUCAGGUCGAGGUGGACUUGGUGAUGCUUUUGCAUCAGGGAGCAUGCAAAGAGAAGGAUUGAAGUCAUAUAAGCAGUUCAUUCAGGAACUUGAGGAUGAUGUUUUGCCAGCUGAAGCUGAACGGAGGUAUCAAGAAUACAAGGCAAGUUAUAUAGAGGCUCAGAAACGAUCUUAUUUUGAUGCACAUAAAGAUGAAGAUUGGUUAAAGGACAAAUAUCAUCCUACAAACCUUGUGACUGUUAUAGAAAGGAGGAAUGAGCAAGCACGGAAGUUGGCAAAAGAUUUCCUACUUGAUCUGCAAAGUGGAACAUUGGAUUUAGGUCCUGGUGUUACCCCUACUUCAAACAAAUCAGGACAGUCUAGUGAGCCAAAUUCUGAUGAUGAAGCAGAUGGCAGUGAUAAAAGAAGACGGUUUGGUAGGGGGUCAGCUAAAGACACUGAACUAUCAGCUGCUCCAAAGGCUCACCCAGUGAGUUCUGAGCCCAGACGCAUUCAUACUGAUGUUGAACAGGCACAGGCACUGGUUAGAAAGCUUGAUGCAGAGAAGGGAAUCGAAAAUAACAUACUAUCUCGGUCUGAUAAUGAAAGAGGGAACAGAGAUAAGUCUCAUGGUGGUUCCUCAGGCCCUGUUAUUAUUGUAAGGGGCUUAACUUCAGUUAAAGGUCUUGAGGGGAUUGAACUGCUGGAUACCCUUCUCACCUAUCUCUGGCGCAUUCAUGGGGUGGAUUACUAUGGUAUGACUGAAACAAAUGAAGCUAAGGGCCUCAGACAUGUAAGAGUUGAUGGGAAGACUUCUGAUGCAUCAAACAAUGGGGCUGAUUGGGAAACUAAACUAGACUCACAUUGGCAAGAGAGGCUGAAGGGACAGGAUCCCCUGGAGAUAAUGACAGCAAAAGAGAAGAUCGAUGCGGCUGCUGUUGAAGGUUUAGACCCAUAUGUCCGAAAAAUUAGAGAUGAGAAAUAUGGAUGGAAGUAUGGUUGUGGAGCCAAGGGUUGCACUAAACUUUUUCAUGCUGCUGAGUUUGUUCAUAAACACUUGAAGUUGAAACAUCCGGAAUUGGUGUUGGAGCUGACUUCUAAAGUGCGUGAUGAUUUAUACUUUGAGAAUUAUAUGAGUGAUGAAAAUGCACCUGGUGGGACUCCUGUGAUGCUGCCUUCUCUGCCGAAAGAGAAGCCACAGAGACGCAGACCUGGUUUAGAUGGCCGACUGAAGGACGACAGAGGUGGCCGCAGAGAUCGCAUUGGUGAAAGAUUUGAUAGGGCUGACAACUCACAAUUGGCAGAUUUCCAGUCCAAAGAUGGAGGUAAUCCUGAUGAACAAAUGUUUGAUACCUUUGGUGGACAAGGGAUUCAUGUUGCUGGUUUCCCUUCUGACAUAGUUCCUCCACCCGUGCUGAUGCCUGUUCCUGGGGCUGGUCCAUUGGGGCCUUUUGUUCCUGCACCUCCGGAAGUUGCAAUGCAAAUGUUGCGAGAACAAGGUGGCCCUGCUUCUUUUGAAGGUGGUAGAAAUGGCAGGUCAGGGGCACAAAUAAGUGGGCCAGCCCCAAUCAUUGCUUUACCUCCUACACUUCGACAGGAUCCUAGGCGCUUAAGAAGCUAUCAAGAUCUUGAUGCACCUGAAGAUGAAGUCACUGUGAUAGAUUACCGCAGUUUGUAGAUUGAGAAAUGGUAAAAAUAGGGACUUUCUUCGAGUUGGCAAGCACUGAACUGCUUUGAUUUGCAUGAAGUGAUCCAAUUACUGCCAGAUGUGAUGUUUGUCUGGAAGAUUGAUUUGGCUGCUUAGCUGCUUCUUGAUGCUCUAUAAUGCGUCCAUUAGAGAUAUUUUUCAGCUUCACAAACAUGUGGUGGUGAUUUAGAAACUUAACAUUUGUUCCCGACUUGUGGUGGCCAAUUGGAGAUGUACUCAGGUGAAUAUGGGGCGGGAGAAAAUGAAAGAGCGGAUUAAGAUGUGGUGCUGUAGAAAUUAUUUCCCAACUAAUAGUUUCUAGAGGGAUGUGAUCUGUAAUAUUAUUAAUCAUUGAUGGAAAUGAGAGAUUAAUGUUUAAUUUGAGAGCAUUUUUUUUUUUUAAUGAUAUGAAUAGGGAGUGGGAGGGUGAGUUUAUAGAUGGGAGUUGUGCCACAUUUGUUUCUUGUUGAUGCAGGGAAGGUCAGGGCAGUGUGUCCCCUGUUGUAGAAUUGUUUCAGCAAAUUGUUUGGUCUAAGGUAUGAGACAGUACAUCCAAUUUUGUUAAAUGCAUGCAGGAUAAUGACGACUUUUGCUUUGCACAACAAUUUUUUUUAAUCAA